UGUUAUUUUUAUUAUCAUCACUAGAAGUUAGCUAGCUUCACAACACAAAGCAUCACAAACUAGCUAGGCCUUUAACCAUGUCCUCCUUCAAAUCUUACGGAAAGGUUGAUGAAUCCGAGCAAGCAAGGCUCGAAGCUCGCCGCAAAACGGGAAAGCGAGUCACCAUCAUAGCCCUGUCCACCAUAGUCCUCAUCGGAGUUGUGUGUGCUGCUGUAUUUGGAACCGUUGCUCACAACAACUCAGAUAAUAAUGAUGGUGUAAAUAGUAAUAGUGCACCAUUUCUUUCGAAUUCAGUGAAGAGUGUUUGUGACCUGACACUUUACAAGGGAGCAUGCUACAGCAGCAUUGGUCCUCUUGUGCACUCGGGUCAGGUUCGACCUGAGAAGUUGUUCUUGCUGUCUAUUGAAGUUGCCCUAGCUGAGGCUUCAAGGGCUGUUGAGUAUUUCUCUGAGAAGGGAGUUUUUAAUGGCUUGAUCAAUGUUGAUAAUAAAACAAUGGAAGGCUUUAAGAAUUGCAAGGAUCUUUUGGGUCUUGCGGUUGAUCAUUUGAAUAGCUCUUUGGCUUCUGGGGGCAAGUCUUCAUUGCUUGAUGUGUUGGAGGAUCUUAGAACUUGGUUGAGUGCUGCAGGUACUUACCAGCAAACCUGCAUUGAUGGCUUUGGAGAGGCAGGAGAAGCACUGAAGACCAGUGUUGUAAACAAUCUAAAAAAUUCUACUGAGUUCACCAGUAAUAGUCUUGCCAUUGUUACUUGGCUCAACAAGGCUGCAAGCACAGUGAACUUGAGGCGCUUGUUGAGUACCACUUUGCCACAUCAUCAUCAUAUGGUAGAACCAAAGUGGCUUCAUUCUAAAGACCGGAAGCUGAUUCAAAAAGAUGAUAAUUUGAAGAGAAAAGCUGACAUUGUUGUAGCAAAAGAUGGCAGCGGGAAAUUUAAAACAAUCACUGCUGCACUAAAACAUGUCCCUGAGAAAAGUGACAAGAGGACUGUGAUCUAUGUGAAGAAGGGGGUUUACUAUGAGAAUGUGAGGGUGGAGAAGACUAAAUGGAAUGUCAUGAUCAUUGGUGAUGGUAUGAAUGCCACAAUUGUAUCUGGAAGCCUUAACUUUGUGGAUGGCACCCCAACAUUUUCAACUGCAACAUUUGCUGUGUUUGGGAAGAAUUUCAUUGCUAGGGACAUGGGAUUUCGCAACACAGCUGGUCCACAGAAGCACCAGGCAGUGGCACUGAUGACAAGUGCUGAUCAAGCGGUUUACUACAGGUGCCAAAUUGAUGCAUUUCAGGACUCUCUCUAUGUGCAUUCCAACCGCCAAUUCUACAGAGAAUGCAACAUUUAUGGCACAGUUGAUUUCAUUUUUGGUAACUCAGCAGUGGUCCUCCAAAACUGCAACAUUUUCCCAAGGGUGCCUAUGCAGGGCCAGCAGAAUACCAUAACAGCACAGGGCAAAACUGACCCCAACAUGAACACUGGAAUUUCAAUUCAAAGUUGCAACAUUGCACCCUUUGGAGACUUAAGUUCUGUGAAAACAUACCUUGGAAGACCCUGGAAGAAUUACUCAACUACAGUGUUUAUGCAAUCCACAUUGGGGAGUUUCAUUCACCCAAAUGGAUGGUUACCUUGGGUAGGAGACUCAGCACCAGAUACCAUAUUUUAUGCAGAAUUUCAGAAUGUUGGACCAGGUUCUUCAACAAAGAAUAGAGUGAAGUGGAAGGGUUUGAAAACCAUUACAAAGAAACAAGCUAGCAUGUUUACUGUCAAUGCUUUUCUUUCAGGGGAGAAAUGGAUUACAGCUUCUGGUGCCCCCUUUAAAUCUUCAACGUGAGAACUUUGAUACAUAUGUAUAACACAAUAUAUAUAUAUAUAUGAUGCAAAUCUGUCUGUAAUAUUUUCUUAUUUCUUAUUAUCUUUUGCUUUCUAUUAUUAAAUUGAAACUAUAUAUACUGAUUGAUUUAA